UCCCGGAAGUGGGUUGAAGGCCGUUUGUGGUUUUUCUUGUUCGGCAGGGGCGGCUGGGGGUUCUGUCGCCGCCAUGGCCGACCCUGACCCUCGCUACCCCUGCUCCUCGAUCGAAGAUGAUUUCAACUAUGGCAGCUGCGUGGCCUCCGCCAGUGUGCACAUCCGAAUGGCCUUUCUAAGAAAAGUCUACAGCAUCCUUUCUCUACAAGUUCUCUUAACUACAAUGACAUCUACAGUUUUUUUAUACUUUGAGUCUAUACGGACAUUUGUACAUGAAAGUCCUGCCUUAAUUUUGGUGUUUGCCCUCGGAUCUUUGGGUUUGAUUUUAGCACUGACUUUAAACAGACAUAAGCAUCCCCUUAACCUAUAUCUGCUUUUUGGAUUUACACUGUCGGAAGCUCUGACUGUGGCUGUUAUUGUUACUUUCUACGAUAUAUAUGUUGUUUUGCAAGCUUUUAUACUGACUACUGCAGUAUUUCUUGGUUUGACUGCAUAUACUCUACAAUCUAAGAGAGAUUUCAGCAAAUUUGGAGCAGGACUGUUUGCUGUUUUGUGGAUUUUGUGCCUGUCAGGAUUCCUAAAAUUAUUUUUUUAUAGUGAGACAGUAGAGUUGGUCUUGGCUGCUGUGGGAGCCCUUCUUUUCUGUGGAUUCAUCAUCUAUGACACUCACUCACUGAUGCAUAGGUUAUCACCUGAAGAGUAUAUACUGGCUGCCAUUAGCCUCUACUUGGAUAUCAUCAAUCUGUUCCUGCACCUAUUACAUUUACUGGAAGCGGUUAAUAAAAAGUGAUUGAAAGCAGUGUAUAGAAACUCUUUAAGUAAUAAAAUUGGAGAUACAAUUAAA